AGAUGUCGAGGAUGUGGCAGAAAACAAGACCAACAAAAGUCCUUGCCCUCAUGGAGUCCACAUUCUAGUAGAGGAAAGAGAUGAGCCCAGGAUCCCAAGUGAUUGGAGCACUGGGGGACACCCAGACAGAGCCCUCGCUGGAUCAAGUGCUCCAGGAGCGGGAUGAAGCUAUUGCUAAGAAGCGGGCAGUGGAGGCUGAGCUGGAAACAUGCAAAGCCAAGUUACGAGCUGUGGAGGCCCAGCUGCUGGAGGUCCUGGAGGAGAAACUGAGACUGAAGAAGGAGGUGGAGGCCUGGGAGGAGGACAUGCAGCAGCUUGUGUGGCAGCGGGUCGAGAGUCAGCUGCAGAGAGAGUCCAGGAGCACUUUGGGAGCCCCCAUGGAACCUGGAGCUGCCAGGGCCCCCUGGGUCCGAUUCCCCCUGGGUCGAUGGGGGCGUUGGCGGUGAGACAGCUCAACCCAGGACCUUGAGA